GACGUGUUUCAUUGUGGACGAUAAAAGUAACUUUGCGUAAAUUUAAUCAUAAGUUUUAUGAAACACGUAUUGUAGUUUUGUGAUCCAGUUCGUUACCAUGGUGGUCUUGGAAAGUGAAGGUGGUGAUACAAAUCAGUUAUCGACGGAUGGGGAUAAAUUAGAGACUAAAUUACCAAAUGUCAUAACGUUAGAAAGUAUCCUUUUUUAAAUAUUAUAAGCAGAGGUCAUAAAAGCUUACUGGGUAAACCCGAUUUUAGGACAAAUUAGUUUUUCUAGUUUUUCCUAAGUCUGUCAAGAUGAACUAGAUGUUCGCGGCUUUUGGAUGGUUCAAGGGUCACCUCAGCCGCACCUCAACUUACUAUUGCUGAUAUUACAUUUCCCACAGGAUUAAUUCGAUUUUUCUGUAAAAAAUAGUUUAGCCCAAAAAUCUCGCAAUAAACAUUAUGUAAAAUGUCAAAUUAAACACUAAAUACUCCUGGUCAAAAGCUAUUAUAACUACCAUAUUGGUCAAAAUUACUUGUAAUUAAUAUUUUUGGUCAAAAUCACUGCAAACCAAUAUUUUUCAGUAAAUAUUAUUUUUGCCCAAGCUUCCUUAGUCACAAAUAUUAGGAACUGUUUUUGUUGGUACAUAUUAGUUUUGACCGGGAAAUAGUCUUAUAUAUAUUUCAUAAUUAAUACAAUAUAGAUUAUUACAAGAUUAUUGAAACAAAUGUUGUUAUUUUGUUCUUUAUUUUAUUGAAAACUGAGUUUUUGAGUGCUGAAACUUUGGACAUGUAUGUUUAAAAAGUAGGUCUUCCGAACAGUAGACAUUUGAAAGUGCUGACUUUGGGUAGUUUAUCCAAAAGUAGGCUUUUUAAUUUGCAAACCAUUAUAAAAUCAUUUGCAUAAUGCAUUUGUAUUGUUUUAUAUUACAUUUUAGAUUUUGACACUUGUUAUAGGAGUGGCUUGCCAUAAGUUUCGAUUUAUAGUUCUGUAGUUUAGGUUUUAUUAGCAAACAUGAAAUAAAAAGGAAUGCUUUUAAAAAUGAAUCAUUAUUAGAUGUGAUUAUUUUCUUCUGUCACAUCCAACUUUCACCACCAUACAUUAAGGUAGGGACGAACACAGCAUUGUAAAUUGCCAUACAUGCCUUUUUUGACACUUUUUAUCUCUCAUCUCAUAGCUUAAGUUAUUUAUGUAUUUAGCGCAUUGAAUUAAUGAUAAGUAAAAGUUCUAAAAAAUUUAUAAUUUUUUUUUUCAAUAUGGCCUUUAAUAAUGUGGUUAUGUCCCAAUAAAUCUGCCAAUGUCCGGUCUUUGGUCUACCACACCUUGUCUUGAGGCUUCUUGGUGGGAAAGGAGUUGGAGGUUAUUAGGUAACAAUGUGGCUAAAAACAAAACUCAACCAAAUACACAAGUUAUGGACAACACAAUACAGAACAAACAUCUAGUUAUAGCAGGGAAGUAGCCUGAGCAGCGCAUACAGAAUUAGGUUAAGCUAAAGUUAGUACACAAUAAUUUAUAGUUUAACAUUUGAAUAUAUUUUGAGAUCAUAUUGGACAAUAUUUAUCAAACAUUUUUAUAAUGUCUUCAGUGUGUUAUAGUGGCAUCUACGGUUUUGGAGUGCAUCAGGUAUGUUUGCAGAGGCUCAUAUGGAUGGCUUUUAGGCCAUCUUACCCAAGAGAGUUGCUUCUCUGAUGCAUAGAAUCCAAGGAAUUACUAACGCCAUCUUCAAUAUAAAUCAGAUUAGUGACUUUGCAAAGUUGAGACAUAGGUGUAUAUACACAAUGCACAUGUACCUGGCACCAUAGGAUGAAGAAAAUAAGAUUUGCUUGAUUGGUGGGUAGGAGGCCGGUAAGAACCAGAGGUACACAGCAACACCUUCUUAUACCCGCUUCUUAAAUUACCAUUACAGCCUAUUAAAGUCCACUGCUGAACAUACGCUUCCCCAUAGAUAGCCUCAUAGGGAGGAUAUUUGCUAUAGUUGCCACGCUUGGCAAGGUUGGCAACUGCAGUUUUUUUGUUAUUAGAAAGACGCUGCUGGCCAUCUCCUAAUUUCUAGAAUUUUCUAUUUAUUCUUUGUCACAUGUUAUGACAUUCAAGUUUGUCAUUUUAUCUAAAUAUAAAAAAAAUGAAAUGUGCAGAAGUUUUAUCAGCGCAGCACACAAAGCUAUUCGAUAAACUCAACUUUAAAAAAUAUAGCUAAAAUACAGACAGAAAAACGAACAGAGUGAAAUUAUUAGAAUACUUGUAUUGGCUUCUAUUGCAUUCCCAAAUUCGUCCAAGAUAAAUUAAACUUAAAUGGACAUAAUCUAUAUCAUAUAUACUACAUGUGACUAAAAUUGAAGUGCCUGUUUCGGUUUUAAUAUUGAAAUAACUGCCUUUUAUUAAACAGAUGGCGUUAUUUGCAGUUAUUUGCAUGCCAUUAUGAUAUGAAUAACCAUUUUUAAAAUGUUUGCCUGUCUGCCAGUCUGUCUGUCCGGGAUAAUCUUCAGAAUGGCUUAACUGAUUGUAAUGAAGCUUAAUUAACAGAUAGAGCACUGCCAGGAUGUAUUUAACUAAUUAUCGCCACAAUAGUAACAGAUACUAACCAGGCGAAACUGGGGAGCUACACUAGUAAGUUUAUAUAAACAUGGAAGGUCGUGCCAAAUUCUAACCAGAAUCUAUAUCAAAAACCUAUUUGAAACCUUAAUGUGUAUCAGUAUUCCGUAUCACGAAGGACGCUCAGCAACAACACGGUCUCCGUCAUGCAGACUACCAACGUUACCGAGGUUACUGUUCACGUCGUCUUCGCCGUUUGCGAAAAGUUCUUAAAAUUCCGCAGGGAGACAGGCGACACUAUCGUCGGCGUGAUGUCACUUCCGCUCAUUUGACUGCGGCUAAUGCUGAGAACCGGCUUCUAUGUGUGCCGUUGUUGCAAGCAGAAAGAGCUUGGGCGCACGCUAUGCAACUAAGGCAGGAAGCAAACACAGAGCCGAGAAAGAAGUUCCAUUUAGUUUCUCGUUUGAAAAAGGCAUAUGCACAUGCGCAAACUUUGAUGCAGUUAUGCGAGGUAAAUUUUAUUAAAUUUAAUGUUACUUAUGAUUUUUUUAAACUUUAACAAUUAAUGUUACCUCACCAAUUAUAUGUAAUAUAUUGAAUAAUUUAAUUUAAACAGGAACUAAGCGUAAAUUUCACAGCGAGCAACUCGCGUCGAUCCGCACCGGCAGCAAUGUAAUUGUAAGUUGCAGUUUUAAGCGCUGAUAUGUCAUGUGCUCGACGGUCAACAUCAUGGGGAACCUUGCAUGUCUGCAGAAUAAAAAUAUUUCGAGUAUAUAUGAAGUCCACCAACAAACACUAGGCUAGUGCGGUGUACUAGUCGUUCUAUAACUCUCUAAGAAAUGAGAGGCCUGUCACCUGCAGCAAUAGAACGUUGUAUAUACGCUUAAAGGUUGUAUUAUCUUAUAGAGUGGGGUAUGCGAUGCACGUACUCAGUUGGAGGCGGGCGCGUACGCUGCGUGGCUGGGGGGCGUCCUGCUGCUGGAGCUGCAGCAGUGGCGCGCCGCCGCCGACAGUCUGCAGCGCGCGCAGCUCGUGCUCGACAAGCUGUGCGCCGCGCUGCCCGACGACGAGCGGCACGUCUACAAGCAGAAGGUAGAAGAGUUGAAGCCAAGCUUAAGGUACUGCGCGUACAACAUCGGCGACCAGUCGGCGGCCGGCGACCUGCUCGCCAUGCGUGGCCAGGGACUCAUCGAGAAUCUAGACACGCUCAUGGCGCAGGCAAAAGAGUCCCGCUCUGGAGUAAUGCACGAAAUAGAAUGGCGCGGUCGUCGCGUUACUGUACGACCUGAGAAAGUGCGACUGUUCCUUAUUGCCCUGCAGGACUUCGACAAAUCCGUUCAGACGGCACAGACCGUCGAAGCUAAGAUCGAAAUCCUCGAAAACAUUCUUAUGGACUGUAAAGACGCAAUAUCAGCCCUCAAAGAUGAGAUAAAGAACGAUCCCAAGCUUAAAACUGCACCGGAAACUCAAAUGCCAAGUAUCAAUUACCUGCUUUCUUACUUGAUGUAUCUGCGUCUGAUGCGUACGAUUGAAAGGAACAAUUUGUUAGUGCAGCAAGCAGAAGAAGCGCGCAAGAAGAAUACUCAAAUAGACGGCAAAAAAGUGCGUCCUCAAGACUUGACGAGGUUGUACGAGAUCAUCCUGCAAAACUAUACGGAGCUGCAGCAGUUGCCUGGAUUCGAUAACGACGCCGAUUACCAAAAGGAAAUCGAAACUGCAAUGAAGGCGUACCGCGCUUUCCGUUGCUAUUACAUCGCGCAAGUGUUGACUGGACUCCGUCGCUUCAGAGAGGCCCUCGCUAUGUUAGAACGUAGCAGCAACUACACUUCGGAAUCAGUCGCCAAUAAACUCGCCGAUAAAGAAUUACUGCACAAAGUAGAGAUGCUGCAAAAGGAUAUUGAAAGUUGUAAGUUCGAAGUCCACGCGGACUCAGUACUAGAAGACGACGAGGAAGACGAAGAAACUAAGUACACUUCGAGUGGUAAACCGUAUAAAGAUAAAAAACCUUUGGUUGACCGUUUGGACGAAUACAGAGAAGAUACGCAAGUGCUCACCAAAAACCCCAAUAUUUAUAAACUACCUCCCCCGAUGGAAGCGAUACCUUGUAAGCCGCUGUUUUUCGACUUGGCGUGUAAUUUCAUCGAAUUCCCCAAUCUGGAUGAUAAGACGGGAGCAGCUGACGGCAAGAAGCAAGGGGCAGGUCUCACUGGACUUGUUAAAGGCUUUUUGGGAUGGGGUAAAAGUGACAAAUAACUUUUAUUAUACAUAUUGUACUAAAAUGUAUUAAAAUACAAGUUGCUUAUAUUGGAACUUGAUUGUUUU